AUGGAGCUGUCCCUGGACACCUCGGACCAGGUUGGGGUGACCCAUGUGGAGGAGUAUUCUGGAGCCAGCCCCAGUGGGCGCCAGAGGGGCUGGAUGUGCUGGGCCAGCGGCCACCAGGAGGCUCCCGAGAGUCCUUCUGCCCAAGGGUCCCGCCCAGCCCAGCGGGCUGGGUCUCUAUCCAGCCCUCACACUGCCCAGCGCACGCUGCCCUGGUGGAGGGCCUUUCCUGAGAUGUGGGGGCUGCCUCGCUGGGGGGCAUGGCCCUCUCUCCUUGAGGCCAGCCUGGGGGGCCUGGUGGCAGCUGCCCUCCUCCUCCUGCGCUGUGGGGGUUCCUUACAGGGGCAGCAGGGUUUUCUUCAGGCUCUGGGGCCAGAGGAAGUGGGCCCGCGGUCAAGCGGUAAAGGUGGGCCUCUCUCCCCUGGUCUCCUGGGACAGACCCGGGCUGUGGAGGGCGUGCUGCACCUGGAGCUGCUGGUGGCCGUGGGCCCCGACGUCCACCAGGCCCACCAGGAGGACACAGAACGCUACGUGCUCACCAACCUCAACAUUGGCUCAGAACUCCUGCGGGACCCGUCCCUGGGGGCUCAGCUCCGAGUGCACCUGCUGAAGAUGACCAUCCUGACAGAGUCCCAGGAUGCUCCAAACAUCACAACCAACAUCACCUCGUCCCUGCUUAGCGUCUGUGACUGGAGCAGGGCCAUCAACCCCACAGAUGAUUCGGACCCGGCGCAUGCGGACCUGGUCCUCUACAUCACCAGGUUUGACCUGGAGCUGCCUGAUGGGAACCGGCAGGUUCGGGGAGUCACCCAACUUGGGGGUGUCUGUUCCUCCUCGUGGAGCUGUCUGAUCACCGAGGACACUGGCUUCGACCUGGGGGUCACCAUCGCCCAUGAAAUCGGGCACAGUUUGGGCUUGGACCACGACGGCGUGCAGGGUGGCGACUGCGAGGCGAGCGGCCACGUGAUGGGGGCGGACGGAGGGACCCUGGCCCGCGCCGGUCCGGCCUGGUCCGCCUGCAGCCGCCGGCAGCUGAGACACCUACUCAGCGCAGGGGGGGCGCGCUGCCUGUGGGACCCGCCGCGGCCACUGCCCGCGCCCGCGGGGCGCCCGCUGCACGCCCAGCCCGGCCUCUACUACGGCGCGGACGAGCAGUGCCGCGUGGCCUUCGGCAGCCCCGCUGUCGCCUGCACCUUCGCCCGGGAGCACCUGGACGUGUGCCAGGCUCUUUCCUGCCACACCGACCCCCUGGACCACAGUAGCUGUAGCCGCCUGCUCGUCCCACUCCUGGACGGGACAGAAUGUGGGCUGGACAAGUGGUGCUCCCGGGGCCGCUGUCGUUCGCUGGCUGAGCUGCCCCCAACGCCUGCUGUACACGGGCACUGGUCCAGCUGGGGGCCCCCCAGUCCUUGCUCCCGCUCCUGCGGAGGAGGUGUGGUCACCAGGAGGCGGCUGUGCAAUGACCCCAGACCCGCCUUUGGGGGGCGUGCGUGCCCAGGGGCCGAUCUGCAGGCUGAGCUGUGCAACACCCAGGCCUGUGGGACCAGCCAGCUGGCGUUCAUGUCCGAACAGUGCGCCCAGACUGAUGAUCAACCGCUGCUCCUCCCCAUGGGCGGUGCCACCUUCUACCGCUGGGGCUCAGCCGAGAAGUACAGCCGAGGGGACACUCUGUGCAGACACAUGUGCCGGGCUGUGGGGCAGAGCUUCCUCGUGAGCCGUGGACACAGCUUUGUGGACGGGACCCGCUGUGUGCCCAGCGGCGCUCGGCAGGACGGAACCCUUAGCUUGUGCCUGUCGGGCAGCUGCAGGACAAUGGGCUGCGAUGGCAGGCUGGACUCCGGGCAGGUGUGGGACGUGUGCCAGGUGUGUGGAGGGGACAACAGCUCGUGCAGUCCACAGAAUGGGUCUUUCUCAGCCGGGAGAGCCAGAGAGUACGUGACCUUCCUCACGGUCACCCCCAACUUGACCAGCGUCUACGUCGCCAACCGCAGGCCCCUCUUCACCCACCUGGCCGUGAGGAUCGGAGGGCGGUACAUCAUAGCUGGGAACAGCAGCAUCUCUCCCAGCACCACCCGCCCCUCGGUCCUGGAGGACAGCCGCCUCUCCUACCGUGUGGUCCUCACGGACGAGCAGCUCCCACACCACGAGGAGCUCCGCAUCCAGGGACCUGUCCAGGAGGACAUCGAGGUCCAGGUUUACAGGCGCUACGGUGAUGAGUACGGCAGCCUUGCCCGCCCAGACAUCACCUUCAGCUAUUUCCAGCCGAAGCAGCUGCCGGCAGGGGUGUGGGCUGCCGUGCUGGGGUCCUGCUCGGUGAGCUGUGGGGCAGGGAGGCGCUGGCUGACCUUCCGCUGUCUGGACCAGGCCCACCAUGAGUGGGUGGUGGCUGCCCAGUGCCAUGGGAGCCCCAAGCCACCAUCAAGGCUGGAGCCCUGCACCCCCGCACCUUGUCCCUCCAGGACAGAGGCGCUGCGCCCAGCUGUGAGGAACCAGACCUGCGUCCUGGGGACAGAAGGCCAGCAGAGGGCAGCGGCGGCUGCACCGUGCUCCACAGGGGGGUCAGCACCCACAGUGGCACCCUGCACAGGGGGCACGUGUCACCAGGAAUGGGACCACCUGGCUGCCACCUCUCCUCCAGAGGCCACUCUGCCCCCGCUGGGCAGUGCCAGGCCCCGGGCUUUUGCUGCACAUGUGUGGAUGCCCCUGGGUGGGCCCUGCUCCGUCUCCUGUGGCCAAGGUGAGGGACCUCCAGGCUCAGAUGCCCUAAAGGGUCCUGUCCAGAAAGCAGUGGAGGCAGCUCCCAGGCCAGGCCUCGCACCCCCAGCAUGGCUCUACCUGUGGACCCUCUGGGUGAGGCAGGCAGCCAUGGGUCUCACGGAGGCCCCCUCUGGGCACGCGGCCUCUGCUUCCUCCCUAGGCCUGCGAGAGCUGCAUUCUGUGUGCAGGGAUGCUGCCCGAGGCACGGUGGUCCCAGAAGAGUGGUGUGACCCAGAGGGCAGGCCCGGGAGCCGGCGGGAGGUGUGCCAGGCUGCCCCGUGCCCAGCGCGGUGGCGAGUGCUGUCACCAGGACCGUGCUCUGCCAGCUGUGGCCUCGGCUCUGCCCAGCGCUCAGUGGCCUGCGUGCGGCUGGACCAGGGCCAUGAGACUGAGCUGGGCCCAGAGGCCUGUGUGGGCCUAGAGCGGCCGCCAUCCAUUGUGCCCUGUCUGCUCGCCGACUGUGCCUACCGGUGGCAGGUCAGCACCUGGAUGCAGUGCUCUGUCUCUUGUGGGAAUGGGAUCCAGCGUCGGAGGGACGCCUGCCUCGGCCCCGAGAUGCCCGUGCCUGCCCGCUUGUGCCAGCACCUGCCCAAGCCAGUGACGGUGCGGGGCUGCUGGGCAGGGCCCUGUGGAGGGCAGGGGACGUCCAGCCCAGCACCCUCCAAAGUGACCACGGCCGGCCGGACCCCAGCUGCCCCCGCAGGAGCUGCCUCAGAGCUGCCCGGGACACGGGCCCACCUCCCCUCCCCUGCGCCCUGGCCUCAGGGUCCCCUGGCCCAUGCCCUGGAAAACCCUGCCGAGUCUAGUGUCUGUGGACAGCAGCUCCUGGAGCCAGGCGGAACCAUUGACCUGCGAGGCCCAGGGCCGGGGGACUGUGUGGUGGCCAUAGGGCGGCCCCUGGGAGAGGAGGUCACCCUGCAUGUGCUGGAGAACUCCCUGAACUGCAGUGCUGGGGACCUGGUGCUGCUGUGGAGCAGGCUCACGUGGAGGAAGCUGUGCAGGAAGUUGGCUGGGACCGUUGUCAGCUCCCGGGGCAACACGCUGCUGGUGAGGCAGCGCCGCCGGCGGCCAGGGGUCGGUGUGGUGCUGCACUACCACGGCCGGCCGGCCCCACACCUGCCCCACCAAGAAUGUGACAUGCAGCUGUUCGGGCCCCGGGGUGAGCUUGUCAGCCCCUUGCCGGGUCCCGACGGGAGAAGUGCCGGGGGCUGCCGGAUCUUCAUCAACGUGGCCCCACAGGCCCGGGUGGCCAUCCACGCUCUGAUCACCAACAUGGGCACAGCAACCCAUGGGGGCAACCCCGGUUACAUCUCGAUCCGGGACACCCACAGCCUGAGGACCUUCACCUUCCGAGGCGGGCACCGGUCGCUCUACUGGGAGUCAGAGGGCAGCCGGGCAGAGGUGGAAUUCAGCGAGGGCUUCCUGGAGGCACAUGGCAGCAUGCGGGGCCAGUACUGGACCCUCCCAAGAGCAAUGGACACGGGCACUCCAGCCGGCCCUAGCUUCCUCUCCAAGCUCCGACAGCAGGGUCUCAGCGGUGACCUGGAAAGGGCGACCGGAGCCAGCAAGGGACGGGAUGCUUACUGAAGGACCGGCUGCCUGGCCAGCCUGGGGCCCUACUGAGAAGUGGAAGGCAGUCCCCACCCCUCUGGUACCAAUAACAGGAUCGUGUGGCACCCGCA